UCUUACUCUGGCUGAUUGAUAUCACUUUUUGUUAGUUGCAAUCUGUCCAAAUGGUUCCCAAGAAGGCUUUGGAGAUUCUUAAGGAGAUUAGGGACUUGGCUGGAGUGCUCAAGGGAUUGUCAAAGGAGUUUAAUGUUGAGAAAUUUCUGUCUGUUUAUUUGAAGUCUUUGGCUGACAACAGCUCUUCGGAUGCCAUCUCCUGUGCUGCUUUGGUAACUUUCAUGGAGACAGUUCCACUGAAGGGCUUUAUAGAUGGUAUUGUAUCAAAGGUGCUUACUUCUUGUAUGAAGCAAUCAAAGAAAAUGGAUAAUUUUACACUAGCUGAAUCAGGAAGCUGGGCCAAAAAAAUAUUGUUUGUUAUUAAUAAGAAUUAUCCAUCUGAAUUGCGGGAUGCUGUUCGCAAGUUCCUAGAGGAUUCCAAUGUGCAAUCAAAAGAAAGUUCAGUUUUAGAGACUUUGUGCAUGAUGCUGGAUGGAAGUUUCGAUCUUUCAACAGGAAUCUCUGAUUCAAAAAUUUGGUUCUCUUUGGAUCAUCCAAAGGCGGAGAUUCGACGUGCUACACUUUCUAGUUUGGGCACAUCUGGUAUUCUGAAAGCUAAGGAUGUUGAUUCCCGGAGGCUUGAAACUAUACAAGAAGCACUGUUACGUCGGCUUCAUGAUGAUGAUCUCAGUGUUGUUCAGGCGGCUCUCGCUCUCAGUGGAUUGUGUGAUGUCAUUGAGACUCCUCAUCUUCUUGAAGCAUUUCGGGAUAUACUCCAAAGAUGCAUUCACAUUUUAUUUACUGGUGAGUAUUGCACCAUAUGGAUAAUUUGACCUGUUAUUUUGACAGUUAAUCUUAUCUUAAGCAAUUUUUUGUUUAGCACUUCUAGUGUGUAAAUGAGACAAGUAGCCACAUACAGCUAGUUAGUCAACUUGACUGGUGAUUAUUUCUGGGGGUUUGAAUUCUCUUUUAUUUUGUGUGACAUAAGUUGCUGUUUUGUCACAAGCUUGGCCUGUAGUACAAUUGGUGGUACUCUUUCUUGUUGUGUUUUCAAUUGAUUUGGUGUUACUGAUUGAGGCAUUGAAAAUUAUGGUUAAUAAAGUACAAGGGUCAUCGA